AAGCAUUGGAAUCAGUUUCUUUAAGACAAAUUCGAGGUUAUGCACAAAAGUCAUUUCGAUAUAUAGAUGCAUAUAGAAAAGGGCUUAAUGUAAAACAAGUAGAAUAUGCUGUUAAAAAGUACAAACGACAUCGCAUAAUUCCUCAGACCAUUUUUAAUGAAUUAUAA